GGCAAGUUACGGAUCGACCUUCUCGACAACUAUGCCGAUAUCCCCCCAUGGGAUGGAGUCUGCUUUAGACUAUCCAUCAGGGGAAUCAACGAACUCUCCGCCAGGGAGCUUGAGGAGGGCCCACCUUCCUUUCCACUUACAGCAUAGCGAACCAGCGAGACAGCCAGAGCCAUUCAUUGUCUCGUCACACCCAGAGAUACUCCAGCGACCCCCAGCCCUAUCUAUUGACAGCCAACUGUACGCAAAACCGAUGCCAACGUGGGAGAACUAUGCAUGGCUAUUUGAUGAGAGCCCGUCCCAGGAUCAGGCACUAAUGGAUAUGAACCGGAACCAGGAGUCCCUGCACUACCUCAGCCCUUUAGAAACGGCUCACUAUCGAAACAUACCGAUACAUGGUAGUGGAGGGGGCAGCGGCAACAACAACAAUAGCAGUGAUCGGACAGCAUAUGAUAAUGUGAAGAGCGAGUCGGCGCUGGCAUUCCACCCCAUCGACGAGAGGAUGAGGUCCCAGAUAUUGAUGAUGCUAGGUAACGUGCCAAAUUUGCACUCUAGUGCCUACGCAAGUACCUCCUCGAUGCAAUACUACCUUAGACUCUACUGGACAAAGUUUCAUCCAAUAUACCCAGUGCUACACAGGCCGACGUUCCUGCCAGGCAUGCAGCUGGUCAUGCUAGCUGCUAUAGUGAUCGCAAUAGGGGCUUCGUUUGCAGAUGACGAGGCGCACCAGUUUGGUAUGGCUUUGUAUGAUAAAGUCAAAGGGUUGAUUCUGAACUCAGACGACUUUACAGCGCAUGACCCGAGCAGUACCUGUUUCCAGCAGGCUAUAUUAUUGACGGACAUAUUUGGGAAAAUGAGGUGUAUGAGGUCUCAGUUUGACGGGGCGCCCCUCGACGUGAUACUGAUGAAGGUAAAGUCUUCCUUAAAGAUCCUUUAUGACUGCUUGCUCUGCGCUCUCCCUCUGCCUCACCUUCUUUCUAUAUUUCUUGUAAUUGGCGUUCUGACUAGAAUUAUUUUUCUUUUGCAGCUUUUACGACGAAGUGAGAUACCCACAACGGAUCCGUUAGAGCAGGUGCGGCGCUACCAUAGGGAUGGAAUGGAGUUCAAUUACGACAGUGAGUGGCAGCACUGGAUAGAACUAGAGUCACAAAAGAGGUUGGUUAAAAAACUGAAAACCCGAAGAAAGAAGAAGGAAAUAAAGAACUGGUUGUAAAAAAACCAAAAACCAGGUUUUUCUUUUUUUUUUUCGUAUGAGAACAUACGAAAAAAGAAAAACCAGAAACUAGGUUGAAAGUGGUGAUCAAAGGUUGACAUUUUUGGGCGUGUGCGCGAUGGAGCACAAUUGAACAGAGUCGCUCUGCUAUUCUUCUACUGGGACGUACAGCAGGCCACGAUGUUCGGUCGAGACAUGUGCCAGACGGCCUUUGAUCUUCGCGUGCUGCACCUGCCAUGCGAAGAGUUCCUCUGGAAUGCGGAUUCCUCGCACGAAUGGGUGGGAUACCUCGACGGGCAGCAGGAGCACCCAAGCUUCCUGGAGAUGCUGCGCGUCUUCCUCGACCCCAAGAGGCAGUUUCCCGUGCUGUCGCCGCUUAGCUCGAUGUUCAUUCUGCACGGCUUGAUAUCGGUUGGCUACGACCUUCACAGGAGAUCAUCGCCCAUCGGCCCGAGCCCCGAAGAGACAGCUGCGAAGCAGGCCAGGCUGUUGAGGGCAUACGAGAAGUGGGCGACUUACUACGAGAUGAAUGUGAGCCAACACUUGUCCCAAUCCUGUAACAACAAGAACAUGGUCAUGUACCAUGCCGCCUACAUCUCUCUACACACAAACAUCCACAACCUGACUACCGUGGCCGGGGAUACCCGGACCUUCAAGAGGAACCCAGAGAGGGGCGACUACUACAGAGCAAAGGCGGAGCUUCAGCAAUGGGCAAACAGCAGAUCCGCACAACUCGCUACAUGGCACGCGGCGCAGAUUCUGGUUAGGUCAUUGGAUCGCACGCACGUCUAUCUUGAUUUGCUUCAUGUUCCGUGGUGCAUGUACAUAGCAACUUUGGUCUGCUGGGCGUAUGGGCAAUUUUCAUCCUCGGUCGUCGGGCCAGGGGGAUUAUCUGAGGCGUCAGACGACAAGGCGAUGUGGGAUGCUCACCAAGAUAUGCGUGUGUACCUGGGGCAGAUGUCCACUGACAGUUGGGAGAGUUUACCGCGUGCCGGCGGAUAUAGGCGAACUGCAGGAUUGGUUGCUGUAGUGGAAAAUACCCUCGAGGGUGUUCGGUGGGGGUUGACACACGGAAGUGUGGAUGUGUUGAAGAGGUUGGAUGAGUCCGGGACGAGUAAAGGCGUUCGGGCUGGUGUGUAAAAAAAUUGGGGGAAUGAUUCUUUUCGCGACAAA